UGUGUGUGUGCUUGUGUACGUAGGCUGUGUGUGUGUGCUUGUGUACGUACACUGUGUGUGUGUGUUCUUGUGUGUGCGUGAGAGAGACAGAGAGCGAGCUUGCCAGCCGUGCGUCGUGUGUGCUAAGCGAAGCGGCUGCUGUAGCAAUAGCCGCAUCAACAGCAGCCUCGGCAACAGCAGCAGCGAUGGCGGUCCAUUGUCUUGGCCAUCGCUGCCUCGGUUGCCUGCUGCUCAUUUGCGUGGCUUACAACGCCGACUGCCAAAUCGCUGACGAGGGAUUCUCAACGAUCGCGCCCAAGAAGAAGGUGCCCGUGACGUCCGAGACGGUGGUGUUCUGGGGCAUGCGGCUCUGGCAGGUCGUGGGCAUCUUCUCCAUCGGAGUCUUGGCCGUCAUCAUCACCCUGUGCUGCAUCUUCAAGUGCCGCAUCCCGCGCACGAAGAAGGAGAUCGAGGCGCGCUACCACCAGCGGCAGGCGGCCAAGAAAUACGCCAACAAUCUGGAGAAGGUGCCCCCGCUCAGCGCCCUCACGGAGACCCCCGAGAUUGCCCCUCUGCAGACCAUCUCUGGCCAGCCGUGCGUCCAACCGCGCGGAGGAGGAGGAGGCCACGCGCUCCCUGCCCUCCCAGAGGAAGAAGAGACGAUGAUUCCCUAGAGGCGGACGGAGCCUCCGAACGCUCUCAUCCCGAUCCGCGGGCGCACCGUCAACCCCUCCCGCGUUCUCGUCGCCGACCGAAAGACCACCCCGGCGCAGAUUAAAACUGCGCCGUUAAGGGAGCCCCGAUCGGCACGGUUGGCUACGGGCGGCGCGAAAGAAGUUCGGCAUCGCGCACCUGGGGAGACGUAAAAUACGUUCCAAAUUUUUUUUAUUUUUUUAUUUUUGGCUUUGCAUUGGCUUAAUCUGAGCAGCCGUGCAAUGGGUGGUAAAGCACAAUAAUGAUGGUGUCUUUGCGGAGUCUCCUCCGGUGGGCCAGAGCCCACAGAUCAGGAACCACUUGUCCUCGUCUCUCCUCUGUCGGUCCUCUUGACCCGCGCUGAAUCUUUGCUCGAUGGCCCUUUCGGUUCCAUCCGUCGGCAUAGGCGCUUCCAACCGUUGGGCAGGUUUCUCAAACGGACGGGGCAAGAUCCCGAAAAUGUAUUUUGUGCUGGGGGAAUCCGAAGAGCUAUGAAGCUCUCUUUUCACAGAUUUCCUGUGAUAUUAAUCGGCCCACAACCCCCCCAAAAAACCAUCCCCACACCCCCUCUAUCUAUCCCGCAAGCAACAUAAAUGGGUUCGCAAAGAACUGGGUCGGUGGGCGGAUCACGUGUGUUGCUUUGGUUGGGGAUCGAGUGUGAGUCUUCCCAACGUCUUCCUAGGCAUGCGGCCAGCCUGGAAGAGUAGGCCAAACACCCUCUUCGAGGUGCCAACCGGGGCUUUCUCUCGCGGAGACCCCUUCCCUACAGCGGUUAGUGCGAGUCAAGCAGUCACGGGGUGCGCCUGCGGCUUUAGCCUCUACGCCGCUGAAUCCACGUGAACGUGAAAAAAUGAAUGGAAUUAAAAAAAAAUAUUACGCUGUGUAAGAAAAAAUAUCUUUUUUAUGUUCCUGGGUAGUAAGUGUUAUUUUCCAAUUGCUCAUGCCUCAAAAGUACAGAAAAUGGCUAUUAUUCUCCACGAACUUUGCUUUUCGUGUUACAUCGUGAAUUUUUUUUAUUAAAUCAAGCAAAAGCGAAUGUAGCCGCAGGUUUUAGAUAUUUCCCGCGGAGCCAAAGCGGCCGACGGAACCGGUCGCGUCCUGUGGCGCACGGACGCAUCGUAGUCUCCGCGCGCCCGGCACAACGCCGCUACACCUCAGCGAGGCGUGUCACGGCAUCGCCGUGUGACCCCCGUAGGGCCCACAGGUUAGGCCACUGAGCCUAAGGGGGACUGACGACUACUGAAGGGGCCUACAAAAACAAAGAAAAUGUCGAGCAAAUUUUGUUUUGUGUUCGUACGAUUAAAGCCACACGACCGCGGGGAGAGAGAGUACUCGCAAAACUCCAAAUAUACAGCAGCAGACGUCAGGGUCGGGAUCGAACUCACGAACUCCUGUAUACCAGACGAGGUAAUUAACAUCUCCUAGCCACCGUGAUGAUGAUGAUGAUGAGAGAGACACCGCAAAUUCCAAAUACGCAGCAGGCGUCAGGGUCAGGGAUCGAACCCACGCUCUCCUGCGGACCUUACAUGUCCAGUACUAUCCAGAUUGAGGUUGUUGUUUUUUAAAUUUGUGACACGGAUGACGGUUAGACUUUAGCCAGCUGCUGUUACCCAGCUAUUUUAGGUAAGGCCGGUGCUCUUUCGGCCAACGAGACGUUGAGAAGCUGAGGAUAUUCAAGAGAGCAGCCCCUAUCAAUGCAAAAAACGCUGGCAUCGUCGUGGACGGUAACGCUGGGCCCGUUUUAUUUUUUCGUUAAUAAUACAUUUUCGUUAAUAAUACAUUUUCGUUAAUAAUAAUUCAUUCUUCCACAGCAACGGAAACGCCCUGUGGAGAAAGAGGGGAGGGGGGUAAUAGAGUCUUCCGGAGCCAUUGCUCGUGACGCACCGCUAUGCAAGAUUUCCUUGUUGGCUUCAGGGCAACGUCUACGACACACGUAGUAUAAUAAGCCGAGUGUUGUACUCAAUGCAGAAUGCACGUGCCAACAUUCCGCUCGUCGUCCAGCGUAACCGGUUUAAGCUGCGGGACAAAACGCUCAGUUGGUUUAACGCGCGGUGAGGCUUUCGCGACAAAUAUUAUAGUAUCCAUGAGAGGUUGUUUUUGUUGUUGCCGGGUUCGAUCGCGUAAAUAUUAAUGUGUCGUUAAACCCGCCACCACCCGACACACGUGACAAACCGUGGCAAAGCUCACUGAUUGGCUGUGCCGGGUGGUGGCGGGUUUUAAGGACACAUUUAAACUCAUUUGGCACAUUUUGUCCAGGUUAAAGCUUAUAUCCGUCUGCCUGUGCUGCGUGGUGAAGGGCACACACAGCAUCAGAAUACUGCAGGAAUCCGAUGAGCUAUAAAGCUCUUUUUUUCACAGAUGUUCCAGCAUGGGCAGGUCAGAACGUUACACCAACAAACAGGGACCUAACCGGCAUUGCAUCUGCACGAUCUGAGGACCCACAAUAAAACCCAUAAUGACUCGCCCAUAGCACGCUUCUUGUAGAUUGAGAAAUAUAUUUUUGUUUGUCACAUACACAUGAAACAAAUAUGCACACCAGCUUUGAUCCCUAAUAGACUUUUCUUUGAGGGGAUUAGAUGGCGUGAAUACGUAUAAAUGCAUCGUUAAAACCAGCCACCACCCGACACAGCCAACUAGUAAAGGGAUUUGUCACGUAAACAGAACGUGGCCAAUUCGUCACUGGUACAGCGCCACCGUUUGCGCGUCGGAGAGCCAAGCCACAACAUUUUGUUUUUCACACGUUACAUUUCCCCCGUGCCAUACUCGGCAUCAGGUGCAAUUGCGAACUUCAAUUGGGGCAUCAGACGCCACACAACAGCAGCAGCAGCAGCAGCAGCUAUUUAUUGACGUUUGGACCGCCUCUUGUGAAGGAGCCACGGCGAAAACUGACGAGGAGGACGCGGCGGGAGAAGGGCAGAUCGUCGCCACGAUUGCCGAAAACGCCGCGGCUUCCACUGAACAGCAACACCACCACCACCACCACCACCGCAAGAAGGACGAGACGAAGAAGGAAGCGCCCGACCGCGCGACGGACGACGCGGAGCGAGGAGGCGACGGCCGCCGCCAACGCGGCGGCGGUGGCGGCGGCGGCAAAGACGCCGCGGAGAAGCAGGGGAAAAAGUUGCCCGGCGAUCGGUCCCGUCGCGCCGAGCGGGCGGAGACGGCGGUGGUGGCGGCCGCGCCGGGCGGGGACGGCACGAGGAGGAGGGAGGCCGAGAAGGCGGCCCGCGGAGGCGGCGCCGGCGCCGAGGACGCCGGGAGGAGGAGGACGAGGAAGGGAGACGCGACGGGGGGAGACGCGACGCGCAAAAAGGCUCCCGCUAAGAGCAAAUGACGUGAUGGUCACAGUUUCCCCGAGGAAACGUGUUUUUGGUGCUGGUGGUGGUUGUUGUUGUUGCUUUUGUUGUUGACAGGUGUUUGUUGACUGGGGCUGUAGAGUGCGGGCCUGGAGGCGGCGGGGCGGGUAGAACAAGAAAAACAGUUCGUCUUUUGGCGUCCUCUGGUCUAACACCGUUUUGAGACGAGGCUCAAAAGAAAGCUGUCUCUGGUGUGGACCAAUCAGUUUCAAAGAGAAUGCAUCAUAUUAUCAGAGUAUGUCUUUUGUUUGCAUUCUGACCACAAGUAUUGUGGUUAAUGCAGACAUGAUUCCUUGUCAAAGGUUUCAGUUGGGUGUUUUACCAUCUUAACAAAGCAGUUUUUUUGCCAGAAAAAAAAGGGAAAACCUAUUCUCAUAAAUUAUUAAUUUUUAUUUUACCAGGUAAGGCCCACGCGACCUCCUGUAUACCAGGCGAGGUAGUUAACAUCUCAUAGCCACCGAGAAGGGGGGGGGGGGGUGCAGGUUAGCUAUGAAGCAUCAGAAAGAGCCGAAGCUACCUCAUCUGACAUUCCAAAAAUUGGUUUCGGAGGAGGCCUUGUGUUGUUUUACCUUUUUUUUAAGGUGACCGAUGUCCUCUCUGGGUUCUGCAUUCGUGUUGUUCCGCAUCCCAGCACUUGAUGCGAAACGUCGGACAUCACGCCACCACCCCCACCCCCCUCCCAAAAGAACCCCCCAACCCUUCACUAGACUAGCCUGCACUGAUCUGUGUGCGUGGUGAGGUAUGGUCAAACAAUCCUCAUGGGGUGCGUGGAGGCCUCAAUUCCACAGUGGACUAACGAGAGACUGGACUGCCAUGUAUUAUGAGAGAUAUGAAAGUGAAAUAAAUAAAAUGUACACGUAAGGGUGGUAAGUAAAAAAAAACAUUGUGAGCAAUAUUAAAUGACACUUCAUAUUUCUCAAACUGUCGACUAUUAGCUGGCAGUGUACACACAUCUAAGAACCUAAAACAAUUACGACAAUUCAUACCAUCGUAUGUACGUUGAGCUUCUUUCGCACCGUAUGUAGCCAGCCGCGCUAAUCGGAGGUGCGGGGGAAGGACAACAAACUAAACAUGCAAUAAGCAAGUUCUUAAAGAAAUUAGUUUUUCAAUCUCGAUUAUAUAAAAAAAUAAAACCAGCCAUGGUCUAUCCACCGGCGUCUCUCCCGAAUCCUGGGAUGUAAAAUUUCCACCCAGCACACUGCACGUGAACUGAGUUCUUAGCUCCAUCUCCUCUAGGCCCACGUUCACUUGGGACGCGGUUCUCAUUCAUCGCUUGCUACUCUGUCGUUACUCAAGCGAAGCUUCCCUCCACAAACGUUCGCGCGCCUCUGGAAAUAAAAGAGGAGGUUCGAGAUUUGAAGUUUUCUCGACUGCAAGGAUCCAUAACUCUUUGGUUCUUUCGGUAAAGUCACAUAGAUUAAACUAAAUUUAGUUAUUUUCAUUUUAUUAUUUUCAUUAUUUUUUUAUUUUUCGUCUAUGUGACUUUACCGAAAGAACCAAAGAGUCAAAGAGGGAGGCGUGAAGAUGUUCAAACACCAAAUUGAUCAACACUUUUGCAAGGACUCAAGUUACUUCAUUAAUCACACACGGUACUUGUGGUGAACAUGCAAAUCAAACAUACUCUGAUAGUAUAUGAAUUAUGAUAAUGGGUUUCCCCCCUUUUUUACGAAUUCCCUUUGAGACUGAUUGGCCUAGCACAGGGCCGGAUUAAGGCACGGGGGCUUUCGGGGCUGCAGCCAAAGGGCCUCCGCUAGCUGGAUGGCCUCCUAGAGAUUAAGUGAAAAGUUAUUUCAUUUGUGAAUGCUCAAGUUGAUUUGUUUGCCUUGCAAAAAUAAAUUUUAUUUUUUCUUUAACUUUGUUUUCCUUUUGAAAAUAUUACUGGGGGACUCACAGUAGCUGUAGCCCAGGGAGCCUACACAAUCUUGAUCAGGCCCUGGGCCUACACCAGAGACAGCAGCCUUCUUUAGGCAUGAUUGGCUGCUCACCCCGAGCUAUAAAUACCCUGAUACCUGUGGCAUUGUCUCUGUACUGUUCGCCUUUUGACGUUCUCUGGUCUGACACUGCUGGUGAGACUGGGCCCUAAGCAAACUCGAUUAUGGCCAUGCCUUCUUUAUGGCCUAGUCUCACCACCAGUGUCAGACCAGAGAACGACGCCAAAAGGUGAACAGUGCAAAGACAAUGCCACAGGUAUCAGAGCGUUUAUAGCUCGGGGUGAGAAGCUACAUCAUGGGAUAUUUUUGCCAGUAUCAAAGUAUGAAGUAUAAUAGGUAAUUAGCCUUUCUGGCAAUAAAUCAGUAGGCGUUAAGAUGUUCAAACACCAAAUAGGAACCUUUCGCAAGGAAUCGAGUCUGAAAUUUUGGUGCAAGAGGCAAAAAAAAUCGAUGAAUUAUAAAUCAAUGCAUUAACCACACGUACUUUGAUACAAACAUUCGCGCACUUCUGGCAAUAAAAGAGGUUCAAAAACCAAA